UGAUCCCUUAUAGGUCAGUGAUAAUUCCCAUCAAAAAACUAAGCAAUGCAAUAACCACAUCAAACCCGUGGAUUUGUGUGUCGGGAGAACUAGGAGAUACAGGUGUAAUGCAGAUUCCUAAAAACCACCUAGAAAUGACAUUUGAGUGCCAGAAUUUAGGGAAGCUGACAACGGUUCAGAUUGGUCAUGACAACUCAGGGCUACUAGCCAAGUGGCUGGUUGAUUGUGUCAUGGUCCGAAAUGAAAUAACAGGACACACAUACAAGUUUCCCUGCGGGCGAUGGCUGGGAAAGGGCGUUGAUGAUGGCAGUCUGGAGCGAAUACUCAUUGGAGAACUUGUCCCCUCCACGUCUGACGAAGAGCUGGGAAAGCAGUGCCGUACCCCGCCGCAGCAGAAAUCUCCUACCACGGCUCGACGACUGAGCAUCACUUCCCUCACAGGGAAGAACACCAAGCCUAAUGCGGGACAGAUCCAAGAGGGAAUUGGGGAAGCCGUGAACAAUAUUGUGAAACACUUUCACAAGCCAGAGAAAGAGAGAGGGAGCCUUACCAUUCUGUUGUGUGGAGAAAAUGGUCUGGUCGCAGCACUGGAGCAGGUCUUCCACCACGGAUUCAAAUCAGCUCGCAUUUUUCAUAAGAAUGUCUUCAUCUGGGAUUUCAUAGAGAAAGCUGUUGCUUAUUUUGAAACCAGUGACCAGAUUGGAGACAACGAGGAGGCCCUUUUGCUUCAGAGAUCUUCAUGCAAAACCUUCUGUCAUUAUGUGAAUGCCAUCAAUACAGCUCCAAGGAACAUUGGAAAGGACGGCAAAUUCCAAAUUCUGGUUUGCCUGGGGACAAGGGACCACUUGCUCUCUCAGUGGAUCCCCUUGCUGGCAGAGUGCCCGCCCAUUACAAGGAUGUAUGAGGAGAACGCUCUCCUACGGGACCGCAUGACUGUCAACUCCCUUAUUCGAGUCCUACAGACACUGCAAGAUUUCAACAUCAUCCUAGAAGGAUCGCUCAUUAAAGGAGUGGAUGUUUAGCACGGCUUUGCUGAGAAGUUCAUUAUUCCUUUCUCAAGCAAGCAAACCACAACUGGAGACCUGUCAGGACUUGAACGCGAUGGUAGCACACCACUGUAAGGCAAAGCUGCCGGUUGAAGCGGGAGUGGGAAGCCCAGUUUGUGCCCGACGGGGACUGUCCUCUAAAGCUGCAGAAAGCUAAGAUGCAGUAUUGUAGUUUAUUUCAAACGGAAAUUUAGUAUAAAAUAGAGUAUUUUCAUGUGUUAGAUGUGUGUAAAUAUGCUACCUUCUCUAAGAAAUUAUAUUACUCUAAGAAAUUUUUCUUAGACUGAAUGUUCUUGUUCUGACUAUGAGUAGCUUAAACCCAGGGGAAGGACAGGGGGGAGGGAACGACUGAGGUGGGAAGGGAUGCCGCUACUUGCUUGCAAGGAAGAAGCCAAUCAUUGUGUAAAUACGGCGCAAACUCAGCAGGGCUUUUUUCAGGUAUUGCAAAUUAAUACAGCAAAUAUUCUUAUGUAGCCAUUGUGAUUGUCUCACUCUUGGAAAUGUUGUGAGCAUAUGCUGGUUUA